AAUUAUGGGAAGUCUUUUUUGCUUGCCAGUCCAGAUCAAAUGCAGCCUACAAAACGUUUUUGACACCGUAGGGACAUGAUCGUCUGAUUCAUCAGCCGACACUGAAAAGGAAGGAUCUGGAGGAAAAGUACUGCAAACACAAGACAACAGGCACUGAAGGAUCAUAAACAGGAUUGUCUGGAAUAUCUGGAUGGUUCUAUUCCUAGAAUCCUGCCUCCAUUCUAGAAUCCUGCCUCAUUCUAGAACCCUCCCACUCCCAUGCUGUACUGCAGGUGAACCCCAUCCAGGACCCAGAGGAUGAGACCUAUCAAGGCCCUCGUCGUCAAGGCCCUCGUCGUCAUGGCCUUCCUGUGCAGCCUCUGCCUCAUCUUCUUGUACUCCUCACUCAACCUCCAUCUGGCCCACAGACACAGAGCUCUACUGGAAGUCUCAGCCAACCGGAGGUCUGAGAUCAGCUUUGAAACACUGUCCACCAAGCCGGUCCCAACUUACCUCAGACCGACCCUUACCAAGGACAGUACAAAAAGUGUCCUUAUUCAGGUCACUGUUACACCUACUCCUGAUCUCCACCAAGCUGCAGUCUUUGCCACCCUCAAGAAGGCUGUACCUCAGAACACAGCCUAUUGGAACCGAGUGUUUUACUCUGGCAUCAGACGACUGGACAAAGGGGGGAACUCAACAAGACUGGACUGGUCCCAUUGCCGACACGACCCCGAGCAGCUGCGGACAAACAUUCAUGACUUUACUUCCUAUCCAGAACUCCACCAGGACUUCCUGCUUGGGAUGGAGUGUAGAAACCCUCCUAUCCUGAUUGACCAACCAGAGAAGUGCACCUCGGAAGACGGAGAAACCUUCCUCCUCUUCGCCAUCAAGUCGACCCCGAGGAACUUUGAGCAGAGACAGGCGGUACGGGAGACGUGGGGGCGAGAAGCGCUGUAUGGAGGAGGGGUCAGAGUUCGUAUAGUGUUCCUGCUGGGAUCCUCGUCAUUGGACGAGCCCGACCUGAGCCAGCUACUGGUGCUUGAAGCGCGUCACCACGGCGACCUCCUCCAAUGGGACUUCCACGACUCGUUCUUCAACCUCACGCUAAAGGAGCAGGUGUUCUACAGGUGGGUCCUGAGCCGCUGUCCUAAAGUCUCCUUUGUCUUUAAAGGGGACGACGACGUCUUCGCCAACACUGAGGCCAUACUGGGCUACCUGCAGUCCCUGGAGCCUAACAAGAACUCAACGCUCUACCUGGGCCAGAUCAUCUCCACUGCUAGUCCCCUCCGCGACUCUAAGAGCAAGUACUACAUCCCCCCGACCUUCUACGAUGGGCCUUACCCUGCGUACGCCGGGGGAGGAGGCUACCUCUUCUCGGGGUCGUUGAUCAGACCGCUUUACAGCGUCUCCAAGUUCCUCCCUUUCUACCCCAUUGACGACGUUUACUCUGGGAUGUGCUUCAACGCACUGGGAAUACUUCCAGAGGCACACGAUGGCUUCCAGACGUUUGACAUUCGCGAGCAGGACCGGGAGAACCCGUGCGUCCAUAAGGAACUGCUGCUGGUGCACCGGCGGAGCCCUCAGCAGAUCAUCAGACUCUGGCGGAGCAUACACAACCCCGUGCUCAUAUGUUGAGGGCUAGGGUCUCACUGAGCCUUGGUGGUAGAUGUUGACACCCCCCCUCCCAUCCCCAUCUGUUGAGGGCUAGGGUCUCACUGAGCCUCGGUGGUAGAUGUUGACCCCACCCCAUAUGUUGAGGGCUAGGGUCUCACUGAGCCUCGGUGGUAGAUGUUGACCCCCCCACCCCAUAUGUUGAGGGCUAGGGUCUCACUGAGCCUCGGUGGUAGAUGUUGACAACCCCACCCCAUAUGUUGAGGGCUAGGGUCUCACUGAGCCUCGGUGGUAGAUGUUGACACCCCCUUCCCCAUCUGUUGAGGGCUAGGGUCUCACUGAGCCUCGGUGGUAGAUGUUGACCCCCCCACCCCAUAUGUUGAGGGCUAGGGUCUCACUGAGCCUCGGUGGUAGAUGUUGACCACCCCCCACCCCAUAUGUUGAGGGCUAGGGUCUCACUGAGCCUCGGUGGUAGAUGUUGACCCCCCACCCCAUAUGUUGAGGGCUAGGGUCUCACUGAGCCUCGGUGGUAGAUGUUGACCCCCCCCACCCCAUAUGUUGAGGGCUAGGGUCUCACUGAGCCUCGGUGGUAGAUGUUGACACCCCCCCCUCACCACUGACACAGGGUCAGAUAUUAAAUAACCAAUUUCCUCAAUUGAUAUGCUGAACUAUGGUUGCACGUUUUUUGGGAACGUUCAAUAAAUUUCCAAGUUUUCCAGCUAUCCUGGUUGGAGGGUCCCUGGAUUGCUGCAUAUUCCUUCCUGAUUGCGGGAAUCUGCCAACCGGGAUUCGGGAAAACCAGGGAAUUUUGUGAAAUUUUGCAACCCAAUUUUUUUUUUUUUUGUUGCAGUUGACCACACAAGCCCUGUUCAUAUGCUGAAUGGCCUGAUUGAGCCACAUCUUCCCACCCCCUAAUGGUUAAGAUCUAACCUGAGGGACACCUCUUCCCACCCCCUAAUGGUUAAGAUCGGACCUGAGGGACACCUCUUCCCACCCCCUAAUGGUUAAGAUCGGACCUGAGGGACACCUCUUCCCACCCCCUAAUGGUUAAGAUCUGACCUGAGGGACACCUCUUUCCACCCCCUAAUGGUUAAGAUCGGACCUGAGGGACACCUCUUUCCACCCCCUAAUGGUUAAGAUCGGACCUGAGGGACACCUCUUCCCACCCCCUAAUGGUUAAGAUCUAACCUGAGGGACACCUCUUCCCACCCCCUAAUGGUUAAGAUCUCACCUGAGGGACACCUCUUCCCACCCCCUAAUGGUUAAGAUCUCACCUGAGGGCCACCUCUACCUUUUUAUCUUCACUCACUCAGGGAUGUUUUCCAUGACGACGAUGUCAAAAAAUCCAGUAACUUUCCCAGACGGGGAUUCCUCUUUAUUCACUCCUUGUUUGUAGGAAUUGUUUUUUUUUUUCUCUUGAAAACCAGGUGAUUUUUUUUUUUUUUUGUGCAACCCGAGGCACGACACUGUCUGAUCAACGAUGCACUGGAACUGUUUCUGCGGGCGUACUGGAUUACCAGUUAAAGGUUUAUAUGUAAACAUCUGGGGCAAUGCUUGAGGUGGGUUUAUUUUUUUUUGAUUUUUUUAAACUGAACUCACAAGAUUAUAAAAGGUUUUCCAUUUAAGUACCAGUUGACCUCUUAUUGGUGAGUUGUGUGUCUGCAUACUGUUCUAGAUCGUUUAUUCCCCCCCCCCCCAACUCCUCGAGUAACUUCACCAGCACACCUGAUUCAGCUAAUCAUCAAGCCCUUAAUCAGGGGAGUUCGUCUGGGACGUCAAUAUAAAUAUGCUGGGGGGGGGGGGGGGCACCGUUCCAAAUUGCAUCCAGGAUGGGUUUUACUGCCUGAGGUCCAGACUUUGUGACUGCGGACAAUAAAAUGUUGUGUACUUUGUAAAUUAUUAAAAUGUUUUAUUUUUUGAGUGGGGAGGUGGAUUUAAAAAAGUGUAUGACAUUACGUAAAGAUGUAGUUAUAUGUAACGGAUCGUUUUGAUAUUCUCCUCAAGGGACUAAGGUCUGUACUUUUCAUUGUGCGGAAAAUGUAAUAAAAUACUGUGAAACUCA